AUGGCAGUAGAAUCAAAUGCUCCAUUGGUGGAUCCACACAUUGUGGGAAAUGCCUUUGUUCAGAAAUACUACAACCACUUGUAUGAUUCACCAGAGGAAGUGCAUCGAUUCUAUCUCGAGGACAGUGUGUUAGGCCGUCCUGGUUCCGAUGGAGAGAUGGUCUCUGUCAGAUCUUUAAAAGCGAUUAAUGAACAGAUCAUGUCCUUUGAUUACAAGAGCUCAAAGAUCCAUAUCUUGACUGCUGACUCGCAAGGAUCUUACAAAAACGGAGUUGUUACUCUAGUCACGGGUUUACUGACGGUGAAAGAUGGUGAGAGGAUGAGAUUUUCUCAGUCUUUCUUCCUCGUGCCGCAGAACGGAAGCUACUUUGUUCUGAACGAUGUCUUCAGGUAUGUCUCUGAUGAGUUUGUUGAGCCAGAAGCUACCAAGAAGGAGGUUGUGGAGACCGUUCCUCAAGUAGUUGAAACACCAGUUACUAUCUUAGAGCCGGAGAAUGAAGUUGCAGAGACUGUAACUAUCCCUACUCAAGAACCUGUGGUGGAGAAUCACACAGCUGAGCCUGAAAUUACAGUGAAGAAACCGGAAAGAGCUAUAGCAGAUGGACAUUCCAAACCCCUGGAGGAAAAAGUUGUGAAAGAUAUCAUUAGCAAUGGUGUGGAUGCUCCAAAGAAGUCUUUUGCGUUGAUUGUCCAAUCUCUGGCUCAAAACGGUGCUACAUUCAAUGUCAAAGCUUCUCCUGCAAAGCCUAAGCCUGUUGCAAAGCCGAGUGCUGCACCAAAAUCCAAAGUUCUUGAACGCUCUUCUGCUGAAACAUUUGACCAAUCAGCUGAGGGUGUUUGCUUAUUUGUUGCAAACUUGCCUAUGGACGCUACAGCGGAGCAACUCAAUGAAGCAUUCAAGGGGUUCGGAGAGAUUAAGAAAGAUGGUAUCCAAGUUAGGAGUUACAAGCUAAAGGGAAACUGUUUCGGGUUUGUGACAUAUGAAUCUGCUGAAGCUGUGAAAUUGGUCUUUCAGGCUCACAAAGAAUCAGCCAUCAGAAUCGGGAACAGAAGAGUUUCUAUUGAAGUAAAACGAGGCAACAACGAGAAUGGAAGACCUUCAAUGCGAAACGGAGGUUAUAGGAGCGAGAACGGUUACAGAAACGACGGGUUUAGGCCUCGAGGCAAUGGUUUUAAUGGAGGGAGAGGCAAUGGAAGAAAUGGAGAGACGUAUGAUGGUGAUGGCAAGGUUCAUCAGAACGGGGUGGUAAAAGCUGGCCGUGAAAAUGGUCAAUCCAGAGGCUAA